AUGGUUUUGUCCAAGGAAUAUCAUGGCAUCGCGGAGGAAAGCUUCAGUGAGGAAUCUAUUGCAGAAAAUUCUUCUGAUAGCAAUGCGGAUUCGCAUUACGAGGAAAAUUGCUUCUCCAAUAGUCUUGUACCAGCAGACUUCGGUGGUAUCCCAGAAGCGAUUGAUGACACCACCUACCCCGAAAAUCCAAUAACAUAUCUAACUCCACCAUCUUCGUUCGCUAGCUGCGUUGGUUUCAGCCCCUCAAAUUCGCGUCUGGAAUGCAUAGAUCAAAAAAUAUUACAUGUUAUUAUUAUGGAGCUGGAUGUAGACAGUCUGAUGUUCUUCCGUUGCACCAACAGCUAUUUUUGCAAAGCUGUUAGCUCGGUCUAUGCGUAUCGACAAAUGAUGCUUCGCGCCUUUUCUUCGAUAAAGACCCUACGUGUCGCUGGGGUUUCCUCCUAUUUUCCCCUCAAGCAGUUAUAUGCCGAAUUCCUCGAGCCAAGGUGUCGGUUUUGCGGUACAUUGUGUUUCCGUAUCCACCUUCUCACCUGCCAGCGAGCCUGUUCAACAUGUUUAGAAAGCCGACCAGAACUUCAGGUCCACGAGAUUGGCGUUAUCGACGGGGGAUAUCCGCUCCGUCGCAAUGUUCUAACGAAGAAUUUACGCACAAUGUUUGCCUGGGGAGAUACAUGGACAAGUAGACUUGAGCUUAUUGGUAUCCAAGCCGCAGAAAAACUGUUGACAAGGCUAUUCUACACGGAGAACUCGAAUGCACAAUGGAGAGAGGUGGUUGAAUCCGGCACGGAAUCGCUGACUUCUAUAUGGGUGGAGGGUGGGGAGGAAGAGGAUCAUGUCCAGUAUGUCAAAUUCAUCGGGCCUUUAUCACCAAAAUGGCGGGCCAUGUCCAGCACUCCAUUUCCGUCAAAAGAAGAAGAAGAAGAUGAUGAUGAUGAUGAUGAAGAAAAAGACCAUAAUGAUAUGCAAGACACAAACUCGACUACUGCCUUGGGUGCCAACUAG